UCAAACAUAAGGGGUGAUCAGUUAUUCCUGACGUUCACUACAGUGUGAUAGAUUUCUGUGACCUAAAGAGGAGGAGAAUGAAUAAACACAGACUGAUGACAAACUGAUCAUGCGUCCGCCUCACUUUGUUGACACAAAUGUCGAAAAGCUGGGACAGCAGGUUCAUUUACCCUCCGACUGUGGAGGGUGAACCAUUCCAAAAACAGACAAAAUCUGAGGGCUGUUGUGAAGCCGAUAUGAUUAGGUAAGUGUCACUUACUGCCUGCUUGUUCCAGUUAAGCCUCCAAAAUGCUGCCAUCACAUCUAAUGUUGGCCAGCGGGUGCUGUGUGUUUGUCCUAUUUUUGCUUUUCCCUGCAUUGAUGAGUGCCGAGAUGACAGGAUUGUACGGUAACAUCACCUCCCCCAACUACCCCCAGCCAUACCCUGACAACCAGCACAUAGUGUGGAACAUCACUGUCCAGCAAGGCCACAGGGUUAAGCUGUACUUCACCCAUUUCAGUUUGGAGCCUUCGAACCCAUGUGAAUAUGACUACGUUCAGGUUUUGGCAGAGGGGAAUGAAACGUUGCGGUUCUGUGGUGAGGAAGAGAAAAAUUAUGAAAGCGCCCCAAGGAACACCGUCAUCCUGUCAGCUGGGAACCUCAUGUCAGUGGUCUUUAAGAGUGACUACUCUAACGAAGGUCGAUUCACCGGCUUCCAAGCAUUUUACAGCACAGAAGACAUCAACGAGUGUCUGUCCACUAUGAACGGAGAAUCUGUGUGUGAACAUUUAUGCCACAAUUACAUCGGUGGAUAUUACUGCACUUGCAGACAAGGAUACCUUCUCCAUGACAACACAAGAUCGUGCACGGUACCCUGCCACACCCAGGUGAUGACCAACCUAUCAGGGGUUCUGAGCAGUCCUGGUUACCCAAGUCCCUACCCGUCCAUGAGCCAGUGUGACCACACCAUCCAUGUGCCGGAGGGCCAUAGGAUAAUCCUGGACUUCCUGCAACCCUUUGACAUAGAGGGGCACCCAGAAGCUCCUUGUCCAUACGACUGGUUGAAGAUUUCAACAGCUGGACAAGACUAUGGGCCCUUCUGUGGAGCAAAGCCACCAGAUCGCAUUGACACGGGAAGCCACAAAGUACACAUUAAAUUCAGGUCUGACACAAGUGGAAAAAACAAGGGAUGGAAGAUCAAAUACAGCAGCACCAGUGCUUAAUCCCGCAUAGACUGAUGCUUCAAACUUUAUUCAUUUACACAUUACACAU